AUGUUCGAUCAUCAAACACUUUCCAUGCCCGAUGAAUUCAUGUCACCUAUCUUUACACAUGAUAAUGAUGCUUUUAAUCAUGGUCAUCACGAAUCGUCAGAUAGACAAUAUAAUCCAGCAAAUGACCAUGGCACUCAAUAUGCAACAACUGUGGUUCAGAAUAUGUUUUCUGAUACCGAUAAGAUUGAACUUCCAGCUUCAGUGAUGAAUUUUCUGGAUGAUUUUCAGAACUUACCAACACCACAAUCAUUUUCAAAUCUAUUCGAAGAUGCUUUGCCAUCAUCUAAUUCAGAAGAUAUGACUACUGACACAACAAUGGCUGCUGAUGUUAUGACAGUAGACAAUACGUCGUACACAAUUGACACACCGUAUGGAACACAAUUAACAUUAGUAAUGCUGCCAUUUCAUGUCUCAACAUUAAUCAAUACUCAUCCAUAUCCACCUACAAACAUGGUUGGAUCCAUUACUGAACAUGAUCGACCCUACUCGAAAUAUGGACAUUUAGAUCAAAAUACAUUGCGUCGUAAAUUUCGUUUCGAUGUUUCUGCUGCUCAAACUUUAAGAAAGCGGCGUGCUAAAAAAUGUCGUUUGGCAAGAAAAAUGUAUGCCGUCAUUUGUCAUUCCAAUAUAAGUAAUGGUGAUUUCAUUGAAAUUGGUGAUUUCAAAUCACAUACAUCAACAACAACAGACAACGAUGCAAUUGAGACGAUGGAAAUUAUUGAUUUAUGUACACCAACAGCGGUCACCAAUGAUAUAACAACAUCCGUUGAAAUGAAACAACGAUUUUUAAAUCUAGAUCGGCGAUUAUGUAUUUUGCCAUGCUAUCCGACUUACAAUGCUAAACGAGAUACAGGUCAACCAUUAUUAGCAAAUAUUCCAUAUCAUCAAUUGACUUCAACAGAAUUAUCUUAUCGACGUUCUGGAGCUUUUAAGCCCGCCUGUACCAUUGCCAAUAGUCUUUCUAACAUGCCAUCAUUUCUACGAGAAAAAUACAAUAUGUACUUUGGUGAUUUACUCGAACGGUUAAAAGUUGAUUUAUCUAUUUUGGAUUAUAACUAUACACGUCUGAAUAAAUUUAUCCGAAUGUUGGCUUAUGAACAAAUACGUGCUUUUAAUCUACAACCCAAUGCCAUACCUCAACUUGAAGAAAAAGAAUAUCCAACUGCAUUGGAAUUUUUUUUACAGUUUGAUGUAAACCUGUUCUACAUGAAAACAUGUUCUUUUCGUCAUGCUCGACCACGUACAUUCAAUGAAGGUCUUUUUUGUUUACAAUACUCGCCCAAUGCACCUAUCCAUCUUGGUAUGUCUCAUACAGAAGAACAUGAAUUAUUACUGUACAAUACACUACGAUUCGAAUUAGAAGAACGUAUUCGUGCAUAUCAUCAACGAACUCAACGAUUAUAUCCAAUUAACUUAGUUUUUGAUUUAUUCCAUAUGGACCAACGUCGUUAA